UUUUUCUCUCUUAGUAUAAUUACAGUAUUUUAUUUCAGACUGUUAGCAAAGUGUCAUGUCAUCAGUAAAGCAAUAUAGGUACACCGUGGAAAAUCCUUACUUGUCUAUUGAACAGAGAGAUUUUUAUGAAGAAAACGGUUUCUUGGUUAUCCGAAAUUUAAUAGCACCUCAUUAUUUACAAAAAUAUCAUGACAGAUUUGUGGAUAUUUGUCAUGGUCAAGUUCGAGAAACAGGUCAUCUUAUUGUUAUGAAAGAUAUUUCUUUGCGUGGCAAGACUUCAAUAGAUCCUGAACGUGUUGUCAACAAAGUUCAAAAUUAUCAAUUCGACGACGUUCUGUCAACUUAUUUCAAAUUACCAGAAGUUUUAAAGUAUGUUGAAUGUUUCGCUGGCAAGGAUAUUGCAGCUGUUCACACGAUGCUUAUCAACAAGCCGCCUGACGCCGGGACAAAAUCAUCCAGACAUCCCUUGCAUCAAGAUCUGCAUUACUUUCCCUUCCGACCUGCUGAUCGUAUUGUUUGCUCGUGGACUGCAAUGCAGAAAGUAACACGUGACAAUGGCUGCCUGGUCGUCGUACCUGGUUCACACAAAGGAACACUACUAAAGCACGAGUACCCUGAUUGGGAGGGAGGGGUCAACAAAAUGUACCAUGGCAUUGAUGCUCGUCCCUAUAAAAACAAGCUCGUGUAUCUCGAAAUGGAAGCUGGUGAUACCGUUCUUUUUCAUCCUAUUCUUAUCCAUGGUUCUGGUAGUAAUAAGACAGACGGUUUCAGGAAGGCUAUAUCAUGUCAUUUCUCAACGUGCAAUUCUCACUAUAUUGAGGUAGAUGGAACCAGCCACGAGAAUAUUAGUAAAGAAGUUAUAGCACUGGCGAAAAAGAAACAUCCUGAAAUUACUCUAACCAUUCAGGAUGUCUGGGAAAUUCUUCGUGUUAUUGUACAAAAGAAAUCAAAUUUAUAACUUUUUUACCUCGUAACUUUUACUUUGAAAUGACAAUAAUAUAUCUUAUAGUAAUUUGUAAAUGAUCAUCAGAAUAUUGUGCACUGCUUUUGUAUAAACGAGUAAAUUUGCAACAUUUUUGAGCACACGAUAUGAAUACGCCAAACCUUUUUAGCAUAACAAUUAUGAAUACGCUGAACUUUUUUGAGCAUACAAAUGAAUACGCUGAACGCUUUCGAGCAUACGAAAUGCUUUUGUUUUUAAAUUUGAAAAGAUCGAUACCUUUUCCUGUCAAAAAUUUGCUUCAUGCACGACAGUUGGAUUCACAUAAACUAUGAGAAAACGAAGAAUGCUAUCAGGGCGGACAUGAGCUCACAAUUUAACAGAAUUUUACAGAAUUUAUUUUAGGAUGUAGCUAGUUUUAUAUUAUUACUUUAUGUGAUGUAAAUUUGAAAUAUCUUGUUCUGAAUUGAUGCAGUUAGGGUGUUGUUUUUUUGCACAUUCUGUAAAAAUUAAAGCAGUGAGUUCGUAUUUUUCCGGAUUCAAAAUUUACAACGAAUAAUUAAAUAAAUGAAACAAAGAAAACAGAAACAACUGAGUGA